AUGAAGCUUAUAAGUUACAGUUCCUUAUUGAUUGGAAUUCUGGCAUUAUCCUAUUUCACUUCAAUAGUGGUAGGCCAAAAUAUAACGCAAAAGAGACAAGAAAUUCUUGAGAAAUUUAGAAGCAGGCCUAAAGAUGGUCUUCCAGUUAAUAUGCAAGAUUUAAUUAAAAAGCAUAGCGAUAGAAUACAAGCUUUAAAUAAUGAGACUCAAACAAGAAAUAAAAGUUCAUCUUUUUAAAGGAAACAUGGAAGAAAUCUCAGGAGAUAUGGCAGUUCCUCUUCCACAGAAAAUGAUGAUCUAUUUGAAGAUGGUAGAAUAGCUGGAGUUAUCAUAGGAGCAUUCUCAGGUUUCUUCCUGCUAAUGACCUCUUGCUGCUGGUGUGCUUAAUGCUAAAAGCAUAAUUUCUAAAAUGGAAUCUUAGUACUAAAGUGUAAAUGCCACAAGAAUAGACUUAUAUGUAAGAAGAGAACUCCUAAGUAUAGAAAAAUUAAUUCAGAAUUUCAAAAAGCAACUUAAAGAGGCAUUGUCGGUCUUCCUGAUUAAGAAAUAAUGAGGCAAGUUGCUCUGAAUAAUCCAGCUGCUCAUUAAAUGGUUAUGGGUACUACUGUUCCAAUAAUUAUGGGUCAGCCAGGAAUGUAUCAACCGGGAUUCAUGCCGAAUCCAGCAUUAGGUAACAUAAACUAGCCCAUGGUCAUGCAUGGAAACCCACUCUACCCACCAACAUAUAACCAAAAUGCAUAUGGUCAGUAGAUGGGACCAGGAAUGCAGCCAAUGAAUAUGAUGAUGUAACCUCCUUAGAAUAUGCAAUACCCAGGUAACAAUUCUAUUUAACCAACAAACAUGAAUGAUUACUAGCAUAUGAACAAUUAAAACGCAAUGUAUCAACAUUAAUAGUAAAUGCAGCAGCCGCAAAUUUUCAAUUAGAUGGAUCAGAACCAAUCUCAAUAGCACAGCCUUCAAUAAGCUCAUAAUACUACAGAUAAUAAAAUAUUCAAUCAAUGA